CAUCCCGUGGAUCAGAGCCAGCCCGCAGCCUCUCAACCUGAUCAGUGCUCCUCUGAGCUAAAUCUAAUCCAAUUAUCCAUUGGCCGGCUUCGAUCAUCCGUCUAUAAAUUCACACGAGCCACUUCUACUUGUAGCUAGCUUCAACCUUAGACAGCAACGGGCGAGAGGAGCAGUCAUGGCGUCCACGAAGGGUCUCCUCCUCGUCGUGCUUACUCUCCUGCUUGCUGCUGCUUUCCUCGUCGCCGGCGGCGCAGCUGGCCGAACUCAGGCCAAGGAGGAGGAGGCCGAAGCCGGCGUGCCACGGGGCCACUAUCACCAUGGCGGCGUCAGCGGCGCCGACGCUCACGGCAGCGGAUGCAAGAUGGGCUGCUGCGGGCGGGGGGAGGGUCGCUGCCGCUGCUGCGCUAACGCCGACGAGAUCCCGGAGCCGAUGUACCGGCCGGCGGUGGAGGUCCACAACUGAUCAAGCACCAGACGUUGUGAUGCAGCAGGCAGUGAGAUCUUGCCCUUCAUACGGACGUGUUGUAAGCACUGCACUACUCGGGGUUAAUUAUAUUUAGCUUGAUUAAUAAUAGUAUCACUCUCUUCUAUGAUAUGACCCGUUUUAGCAAAUUAAAAUAAAUUGCUAAAAAGGUUUAUAUUAUGAAACGCUCAAAAGAAGAUGGGGUGUAUGUACAGUGUUCUUGUAGAACGUUCUCUUGCAAGUUUUGUUCUGUCAAAACAUAUAUCCGUUUGACGUCCUUGAGAUCGACCGGCGUGGUUCAUGUAACAUAUUGUCAUAUUGUGUAAUACGCUUAUGCAUGUGAAUAAAGGACACCGCAACACCUUGUUUAUGACGCUUAA